GCCAGGGGAUGCGAGGAGGGUAACAAUAAGAGACAUCGCUGACUGGGGGGGACAGUUCAGACCCCAGUGUGAGACCCUCAGGGAGCUGGCUGAUGUGCGGCUUGAACACCAUUUUAUUGUUUAUUAAUUGUGGGAACACAGCUCUGGCUCUAAAAGAAGCUCCCGAGGAUGUACUGGUGUGUUGGGGCUGAAGCAUGUGCUGGAAGCCGUGGAGGAAGCAUGGAUUCACACAAUGGCACCACAGUUAUGGGAAACAAGCAGGUCCUGCCUGGAGAGCUUACAAUCAACCAGACGCCAGUGAUAGCGGAGAUCCAGUCUGCCUACCAGGAGGGUGAGGCUGAUAAAGCAAAGGAUCUAGUGAAGAAAGCUUGUGAGGAAAACAUUCAGAAGCACGAAAAGUAUCAGCUUUUGAGGAUCACGGCUGCCUAUGGAGAUCUGCCCUCUGUGCGGUACCUACUGCAGAGUGCCAAGGUGGCUUUGCCAACUGAACCAACCGAUGACAAUCCGGCUGUAAUGGCAGCUCAUUUUGGCCACACAGAAACUGUAGCCAUGUUGCUAGAUUCUCUGCCAGAUGCAUCUAGCCACAAGACGCUCCUGAGCUGGAUGCUAGUCACUGCCUGUGAACAAGGCCACCUGAGCCUGGUCAAACUCCUUAUUCUUACCUACCAUGCGGAUCCAGACAGUUACGCCGUGAGAAAUAACGAAUUUCCAGUACUGAAGAGGCUACCCCUCUAUGCAACCAUUAUGGCAGGAUAUGAAGACGUCGCAGAGUUUCUUCUUCAGAACGGAGCUGGCUUGUGUUCCUACAUCUUGAUGGACAGUCCAGAGCUGACAAAACAGCUGUUGAGAAAGAGCAUUGUGGAAUUCUCAGACCUAAAACAGCAUGCCGCUCAGGAAUCGCCUGUCUGUGUGAAGUGGUCCAGCCUCCGGUUACCCUGGGUGGACUUGGACUGGUUCAUAGACAUUUGCUUCAAGAUACGAGAGUUGGAUAUCUCUUCCAACUGUUUGGCUUCCCUUCCUUCCGUGAUUCCUUGGGGUCUCCUCAACUUGCAGAAGCUAAACUUAAGUGAAAACCAGCUGUGUGAGCUGCCCAGUGUGCAGAGCUCAGAGGAAAUCAUCUGUUCAAGGCUGCUGGAGGUUGAUGUUUCGAACAACAAGCUGACAUGUCUCCCAUCAGGGUUCCUCCAUCUGAGCAGGCUUCAGCGACUCUGUGCGUCAAAAAACUACAUAGUUAAUCUCUUUAAAGAAGAUGGCACCAACUGGAUUGGAUUGCGGAAGUUACUAGAGUUGGACAUUUCUGAUAACAGAAUAUCUGAGCUCCCCAUCUCUAUUAUCCACUGUUUCAAAUCCCUGAAGAGCUUAAAUGUGUCCGGAAACAAGCUUAAGGUGUUGCCGGAGCCCUGGUCUUGCCCCCUUAAAUAUUGCAAGGCUUCUCAUAAUGUCAUCGAUGUUCUCCCUGAAAACCUGUCUCUUUUCUGGAAAAACCACCUGCUUGAUGUAGAUUUUUCAAACAAUGCCCUGAAGGAAGUUCCCAAGUCUCUCUUCCAGCUAGAGACCUUGCAAAAUUUGAAACUCUCAGGAAACCAGCUGAUCGCACUACCUCCCGCAGACUGCUGGACAUGCUCACAUCUGAAGCUUCUGGACUUGUCCAAGAACCAACUGGGCAGAAAUGAGGACGGUGUGAAAACUAGACGGAUGCCAUUUUUUUCUACUAAGAACCGAACAAGAACAGGGAUUGACUCUGGUGUCUGCGUGGAAUUCCCCUUGUGUCUGAGCGAGUCUCUGGAGGUGCUUUUCUUAAAUGACAACCAGUUGGAAUCUGUUCCGCAUUCUGUGUUUCACCUGAAGAGCCUUACAGAACUGUACCUGGGGAGUAAUGCUGGGAUUAGGGAACUACCUGCAGAACUUGGGCAGUUGAUGUCUCUUUGGCAACUGGACCUGGAGGAUCUGAACAUCACUAACUUGCCAGUAGAAAUCCGGAAAGAAGGUCCAGUUACCAUUCUUGCUUUCCUACGUGCCCAGCUGAGAAAAGCAGAACGAUGCCGGCUUGUGAAGAUGAUCAUCGUGGGACCUCCACGUCAGGGGAAAUCCACACUGUUUGAAGUUCUACAGACCGGAAAGGCAUCACAACAAAUGCAGGGUGAUCAUACAAUCCGAACUACUCGAUGGGAGCUGCAGAGACCCAUGGGGAUCAGAGCUAAGGUUGACUCUGUGCAAUUCCACGUGUGGGAUAUUGGUGGCUCCACUGCAAUGUCCGCUGUCAACCAGUGCUUCUUCACUGACAAGGCCCUAUAUGUGGUUGUUUGGAACCUGGCUCUGGGAGAAGAGGCCGUAUCCAACCUCCAGUUCUGGCUGUUGAAUAUUGAGGCUAAGGCUCCCAAUGCUGUGGUCUUGGUUGUGGGGACACACCUGGACUUCAUAGAGACCAAGUUCAGACUGGAGAGAAUUGCCACACUCCGUGCCUAUGUCCUGGCUGUGUGCCGCUCUCCAUCCGGGUCCAGAGCAACCGGAUUCCCCGAUAUCACAAUCAAACACUUACAUGAACUCUCUUGCAAGACCCUUGAGGGACUGGAUGGUCUGCGCCAGCUGAUUUUCCAAGCUGCAUGCAAUAUGAAAGAUGUAGGAAGCACUAUUGGGUCCCAAAAACUGGUGGGAAGACUGGUUCCGAGAAGCUACCUUAACCUGCAGGAAGCGGUGCUGGGAGAGCAGACGAGGCGAGCUCAGGAGGACCAAGUGCAGUAUCUGACUGACGAACAGAUAGAGCAGAAUAUUGCACAGAACCCAGAAAAUGAUAUCCGAGAUUAUGAGGACAUGCAGGCAGCAAUUGGUUUCUUGAUAGAGACUGGCACAUUGCUACACUUCCCAGACACCAGUCAUGGCCUGCGCAACCUGUACUUUCUGGACCCAGUCUGGCUCGCUGAGUGCCUGGAGAGGAUCAUAAACAUAAAGAGUUCCAAAUCCGUAGCCCGGAAUGGAGUGAUAAAGGCGGAGGACCUACGGAUGCUGUUGGUUGGUACUGGGUUCACCAAACAGACUGAAGAGCAGUACUUCCAGUUCUUGGCGAAAUUCGAGAUUGCUCUUCCAGUUGCCAAUAACAGCUACCUCUUACCCCACCUCUUGCCAUCCAAACCAGGACUAGAUAUCCAUAGCCUGAAGCAAUUUACAGGCAACACGGUGCAGCGGGUAUUUAAGAUGAGCUUUGUCCCUGUGGGAUUUUGGCAGAGGUUUAUAGCACGGAUGUUAAUCAGUCUGGCAGAAAUGGAUCUUCAGUUGUUUGAGAACAAGAAAAACACAAAACCCCGAAACAGAAAGUCUGUAGUUUACAGCUUCACCGGAUGUCAGAGAAAUCGAUGCAGCACCUUCCGUGUGAAGAGGAACCAAACCAUCUACUGGCAAGAGGGCCUUCUGGUUACCUUUGAGGGAGGAUACCUCAGUGUUGAGUCUUCAGAUGUAAAUUGGAAGAAGAAAAAAAGUGGUGGGAUAAAAAUAAUUUGCCAAUCAGAAACCAGAGAUUUUUCUGCAAUGGCUUUCAUCACGGACCAUGUAAACUCCUUGAUUGAUCAGUGGUUCCCAGCCCUGACUGCCACCGAGAGUGAUGGUACGCUACUGAUGGAACAGUAUGUUCCUUGCAACUCCUGCUCAAUGCUGACAGAAGACUUGGAGGGAGAGAAGCACGAGACAGACCCUCAUUACUUCAACAUGGAGGACUGUGUUCUGGCUGCAGUUGACAAAGAAUAUUUUGAGUGUCCUAAUCACCCAGAUGUUUCUGUGCCCUUGCAGGAACUCGUUCCAGAGAUUUUUAUGACUGAUUUUCCAUUGAGAUUAUUCCUUGACAUUGACGACUUGGAUUACUCAGAGGAGCGUUCCAAUAUACUGGGGCAAGGUGGAAGCGGUACAAUAAUUUACCGUGCUUUGUACAAGCAGAAGCCUGUGGCUGUGAAGAUGUUUCAGACUAAAAAGUAUAGGACAAGUGUGGAGAGUUCCAAAGAUUCCAUGUUCAAGCACUUACAGGCUAUGGAUGUCAUGAGAAACUUCUCGGAGUUCCGCCAGGAGGCCAGCAUGCUUCACUCCCUGCAGCACCCCUGUAUCGUCUCACUGAUUGGAAUUAGCAUACACCCUCUGUGCUUCGCCCUUGAACUGGCGCCACUAGGGAGUCUCAAUACGGUACUAGCAGAAAACAGACAAGUUCCUCCUACAUUCAUGCCUCUGGGACACAUGCUCACACAACGUGUAUGCUAUCAAAUUGCUUCUGGCCUCUCUUACCUUCACAAGAAAAACAUAAUCUUCUGUGAUCUGAAGUCUGAUAACAUCUUAGUUUGGUCCUUGGAUGUCCGAGCAGUUGUGAACAUCAAGUUGUCGGACUAUGGAAUCUCCCGACUGUCUUUCCACGAGGGUGCCCUGGGAGUGGAGGGCACUCCUGGGUACCAAGCUCCUGAAAUUCGACCAAGAGUAGUCUAUGAUGAGAAGGUGGACAUGUUCUCGUACGGUAUGGUUCUCUAUGAGCUUCUAUCAGGUCAGCGCCCAUCCUUGGGACAGCACCAGCUUCAGAUUUCCAAAAAGCUGUCUAAGGGAAUCCGGCCAGUGCUUGGACGUCCAGAGGAGGUUCAGUUUACCAGACUGCAAGAGCUAAUGAUUGAAUGUUGGGACACAAAGCCAGAAAAGCGUCCUCUGGCCGCAUCAGUUGUACGGCGCAUGAAUGAACCCAGUUUCAGUGUAUUCAAGUACCAGCUCCUCUUAGGAAUGCAGGAGAAGUUCUGCUCACCCAAAGAGCCAGAGAACACACUUGUGUUCUGGAUGGGAACAGGUUUGGCAAGAAAUUACUCGGUGGUGGAUGUUGAGAAAGGAUCGGUGGAAGUUCGAGGCUUAAGCUGCCCAGGAAUGAAAAUGUGCUGCCAGGUUAAAAUACAGAAUACGCUCUGGAUCUCGACAGAGGACCAAAAAAUAUCUAUUUACAGUCUGCAGGGCAUGUGCCCCCUCAGUGCCCCACAGAAGGUUGUCGACACACCAGCCAUUGUGACCUGCUUCCUGACUGUGAACAUGGCAAAGGACUUCUGCUUGGUGUUUGCUGGUAUGGCCGAUAGUCUGGUUGCUGUAUUCACAGUGACUGAUGGUAUACCUAGUUUUGAUUGCUCAUAUAUCUGUUCACGAACAAGCAACCGCUCCAUGUUCAAGAUAGCAGAUGAAGAUCCAAGGCAGAACCCUUAUCCAGUAUUGGCAAUGGAAAUGUCAAAUGGUGGCUCCAAGGUCUGGUACAGCAAUGGUCCAGGUGUUCUAGUUGUAGACUGCACAUCUCUGGAGGUAUCAAAGAGACUGGAUCCCUACAGUGCCCCAUCUUCCAUUGUUUCAAUAACCACCAGCUUGGACUGCAACAAAGAAGAGACUGUUUGGUGUUUGGAUGAUAAGACAAACACUUUGGUUAUGUUUCAUGCUGCAAGCUACCAGCUGUGUGCCCGAUAUUUUUGUGGAGACUGCAGUCCUUUGAGGGACAUGUUCACAGUGAAGACUUAUUCUGAAUUAGCAACAGUUAACUUACCAGUGGCAAACUGUAAUAACCAGUGCCCAGCUAACAUGAGUAUUAUAUACAGUGAAGAAACAGGGACACAAUUUAUAAGCCACCAAGAUUCUCUUACAGACUAUUGUUCAGUAUCUUCCAUAUCCUGCUCCUCUAUUCACCAAGGGGCCAGGUCAUCCUCUAGCCUGCCAAGCACACCAGUCAGCUGCACCAGUUUCCCUGGAACCACAGACAGUGAGGAUCUUGACCUGUCCCAAGAGCUGAGACCCAGAAUUCCCAGUGAGAGUUGGGGUAGCAAAGCACCACCAUCGGAAGAGGAGAAGUUCCGCGUGCAGGCAGUCUGCGUACUAGCUGUCAAAGAUUUAAUUUGGGUUCCAAGGCGUGGAGGUGACAUUGUCAUCAUAGGUUUGGAAAAGGAGUCGGGCGGCCAGAGAGGUCGUGUCCUUGCAGUGCUACAGGCUGGGGGGUUGGAGAUUGAUGGGGUUUGCCUUGAAGCUGCUGCAGUUGCCAAGGACUCGGUCGUGUGCUGCUUGCAGAGUGAGGCUAUGGGGUGGUGCGUGACUGUUUGGAGAAGUUGGGGGGCUGCAGAGUUUGACAUUUUCUAUCACUCAUGUGAUGAACUGAGAAGACUGGAGACCUGCAUGAGAAAACGGAGGUAGCACACAGACACAAUCCCUGUGUUUGAUGUAGCUUCCUAUCACACUAAGGCUUAGUUUGUCCGCAGCUGUGCCUUUCAUUCAUCAUUGAGAUGCAGCCGGGAUUUUCUGCAGCCGUUGAGCAAGUCUUGAAUGGAGCUGUUGAAAAGAUAAUACUACAAAGAAUGUCGUUUUUUUAUAGAACUCUACUGAUUUCCGAAUUGAUUCAGGCCCCACAGCUUGCUGGCAGUGUUUACCUGUCCCACACAGACUGCAGAUAAAUCACAUUUGUCGAACCUGCAAGAUGGAACACAGGGAUGGGAAAAACUGUCUUCCGUGGAAAUAUAGCCGUGAUAUUGGACACAUUGAGGGCCGGACAGUUGCAUAUGUGCAUUGACACUAAUGUGAAUAUUGUAAAAUUGAACACUACUAAGACAAACCACAGUCGGUUUAGUCAGUGGCAUCAGGUUGUAUACCUUUAAUUAUGAAGUUUGUAUCUGAUAUCUGAGAAGUUAACCCAUUCCCUUCUCCAUACUGGUCCUGUGCAAUGUUAUGAGAUAACUAAGUUGAAAAGCUUUGUCUGUCUCGGGAAGGUCGCAAGCAGUAUUGCAGGCACUAUAGGAAGUAAAUUUCUAAGAGUUGGAGCAGUGACAAUCACCUGAAACACACCAAAGAUGCAAUGUUUUUUUUCUUAGUAAAUUAAUUGGACAGGGUAUUUUGUAAAUGUAUAAAUACACUUUGUACAAUUGGAAAUGUAAA